AUGGGUAAAAGAAAAGAUAAAAUGUCAUUGCAAUCAAUGAAAAAGGAAAUUGAAAUGAGGGAACAUCAAAUUCCAAUAGAGGAACUUUGCAAUGAGUUAAAAGUUGAUAUCCAUAAGGGUCACUCGGAAGAGAAAGCAAAUCAGUUGCUGGAACAAUAUGGUUUAAAUAUGCUCACACCACCAAAGAAACGAUCAGAACUUAUAGCAAUGCUAAAAUGCUUAUUUGCUGGAUUUAAUUUUCUGCUAUGGCUUGGAUCGUUUGCAUCUAUCAUAAGUUACAUCAUGGAAAGUAGACAGGACGUUGAUGCUAAAUUAGAUAAUCUUUAUAUGGGCAUUGUUCUUGCGGUUGUUGUUGUCAUCACUGGACUUUUUGCAUACUAUCAAGAAUAUAAAAGCUCGAAAAUUAUGGAAAGCUUUGCAAAAUUAGCACCUCUCACAACAAUGGUAUUGAGAGACGGGCAAAUGAAGAAGAUAGAUGCUACAUUAAUUGUACCAGGCGAUAUUGUACAUAUAAAAGCGGGUGAUCGUAUUCCAGCGGAUAUUCGUGUUAUCACCAGUUCUAGUCUUAAAGUAGAUUGUUCAACAUUAACUGGUGAAAGUGAGCCGCAAAAUCGUAGUCCCGAGUGUACUCACGUGAAUCCGUUAGAAACCAGCAAUCUGAUACUUUUUGGUACCGGUGCUGUGGAAGGAAAAUGCACAGGGAUCGUGGUACAAACGGGCGAUAAUACGAUAAUGGGGCGAAUUGCCUACCUGACAUCACGUGUUGAUUCCGGAAAAACACCAAUUGCUCGAGAAAUUGAUCACUUCAUUACUAUCAUUGGUGUUGUUGCCACGUUUAUUGGCAUUUUAUUUUUCAUAAUUAGUAUAAUUUAUGGAUAUACGUUUGUGGAAGCAUUGGUUUUCCUCAUUGGUAUCAUUGUGGCUAAUGUUCCUGAAGGUAUCAUUGCUACUAUGACGGUCUGUUUAACUUUAACGGCUGUUAAAAUGAGAAGGAAAAAUUGUCUGGUGAAGAAAUUGGAAGGGGUGGAAACUCUCGGUUCAACGUCCACUAUUUGCUCCGAUAAAACGGGUACAUUAACACAAAAUCGAAUGACCGUUACCCAUACAUGGGUUAGUGGUAAUAUUUCUGAAGUGAAUUUUCAUGAAGCUUCACUCGAAAUCAAUAAUUCUAAGGAAUUGAAUUUCAAUCGUUUCACUGGAGCUUUUGGUGCUUUCUUACGGUGUGCAAUAUUAUGCUCUAAUGCUACAUUUAAGGAUGAAGAUCGGAACGUUAAAUUAUCAAAACGUGAAGCAAAUGGUGAUGCAUCAGAAGUUGCCAUCUUGAAAUAUUGCGAAUAUACUUGUGGUGAUGUGAUUGCCUAUCGAAAACUUUGUCCCAAAAUUUAUGAAAUUCCCUUCAAUUCAACUAAUAAGUUCCAGGUAUCAAUACAUACACAAGAAUCUGAUGACCAUUUCAUUCUUGUCAUGAAAGGCGCACCUGAGCAAAUUAUUGCUCGAUGUAAAACAUAUCUUCAAGAUAGUGAAGAGAGAAAUUUAACUAAAGAAGAUUUGCAAAUUUUCCAAGAUGCUUAUGAAUAUCUUGGUGGAAUGGGUGAACGAGUAAUGGGAUUCUGCGAUUUGGAUCUCGACCCAAGCAAGUAUCCAAAAGAUUUCAUAUUUUGCACUGAUCCGUUAAAUUUUCCAUUGGAAGGUUUGCGAUUUCUUGGACUCAUCUCAAUGAUCGAUCCGCCUCGACCUGCUGUUCCACAUGCUGUUGACCUUUGUCAAUCAGCUGGAAUCAAAAUUGUAAUGGUGACUGGCGAUCAUCCAUUGACCGCCGAGGCAAUUGCGCGACAGGUCAACAUUAUCAAGGAGGGAAAUAUGAUUUCAAAGAUAAUAAAUGAUGAUGAUAAGCUGGAACGAAAAGUGAUAAAUGAUGAUAAUAAAAAUCAAGCAAUGAUUAUACAUGGCGAACAGCUGAAGAAAUUAUCAAACAAAGAUUUGGACUAUAUAGUGAAGCAUUACUCGUCUAUUGUUUUUGCUCGAACAUCACCAAUUCAAAAAUUGCAAAUCGUGGAAGCUUUCCAGGGUGCGGGACAUAUUGUAGCUGUUACAGGUGAUGGCGUUAAUGAUGCACCGGCGCUUCGAAAAGCUGACAUCGGUAUAGCAAUGGGAAUUGCUGGAACGGACGUUUCUAAGGAAGCAGCUGAUAUGAUUUUGCUGGAUGAUAAUUUUGCAUCGAUAGUUACUGGGGUUGAAGAAGGUCGAAUUAUUUUCGACAAUUUGAAAAAAUCGAUAGCUUAUACGCUUACUUCAAAUAUUCCAGAAAUUACUCCAUUUCUAUCGUACAUUCUCUUUGGUAUACCACUUCCGAUGAGUGUUGUUGCUAUUUUAUGCAUUGAUUUAGGAACUGAUCUGUGGCCAGCUAUAUCAAUUGCUUAUGAGGAAGCGGAAACGAAUAUUAUGUUGAGACCACCAAGAAAUGCCAAAGUUGAUAAGCUUGUUAAUGCCAGAUUAAUGAAUUUUUCAUACUUACAAAUUGGUGUCAUGCAAGCAGCAGCCGGUUUUAUGACAUAUUUUAUCAUAAUGGGAGAAAACGGAUUUCACAUUCAUCGAUUACUUUGGAUUCGUGAUAAAUGGGAUGAUCCGAUGGUGGACGAUCUGGAAGAUAGUUAUGGACAGCAAUGGACUUAUAAUGCACGAAAAGAUUUGGAGCAUUGCUGCCACGGGGCUUUUUUUUAUGCAAUUGUUGUUGUGCAAUGGGCUGACCUAUUAAUAUCCAAAACUCGUUACAAUUCAAUUGUACAACAGGGAAUGAAUAACUGGGUUUUAAAUACGGGCCUAAUAUUUACUGCAGUGCUCAGUACAUUUCUUCUUUUCGUACCUUAUGUAAAUAGAGUAUUUGGACUAACCCCAAUAAGGCUUAGUUGGGCAAUGAUCCCAGUAUCAUUUGCAUGGUUAAUAUUUGUUUACGAUGAAAUACGUAAAUAUUUCUGCAGAACGAAACCUGAUGGUUGGCUAUAUCGUGAGACUUAUUAUUGA